AUGUCUCAGCGAGCUAAUGCGUCCCACUGUGGUGGGGUUGUGAUUGAAUUAGAAUCUGACAACGUCGGGGAAUCAAGAACUCGAAGAGCAAGGAAAAUACCGGGUUCAGCUCUUAUCUACCUCAAGGGCCCCAAGUUUCUCAUCUAUGUGAGUGGAGCAUUAUCUAUGUGGGGUGACCGCAUGUGGCACUUUGCGAUCUCUGUGUUCCUUAUUGAGUUGUACGGCCGCAACCUGCUGUUGACAGCAGUGUUUGGAUUGGUGCUGGCUGGGUCAGUGCUGUUGCUUGGGGCUUUAAUUGGAGACUGGGUUGAUCGCAACCCUAGGAACAAAGUUGCCCAUGCAUCUCUUUUCAUCCAGAACACCUCAGUGACUGUAUGUAGCAUUGUGCUCAUGCUGGUAUUCUCAUAUAAGGAACAGAUUGAACUGAUCUGGGAUGGAUGGUUUACUGUGGUUUGUUAUACGGUGGUGAUCAUCCUGGCAGAUGUCGCAAACCUUGCAAGUACAGCGCUGACCAUUGCCAUCCAGAGGGACUGGAUAGUGGUUAUUACAGGCUAUAACCGAGGCCACCUGGCUGGAAUGAAUGCAACCAUGAGGAGGAUAGAUCAGGUGACCAACAUCCUGGCCCCACUGGCAGUGGGACAGGUCAUGACCCUGGCUUCUAACGUGGUUGGCUGUGGCUUCAUCCUCGCGUGGAACCUCUUUUCUCUCAUUGUGGAAUUCUUCUUCUUGUCAAGAGUUUAUCGAAUCGUUCCCGCUCUUUCAGUCAAACCCCCAACAGUUGAGGGCGAUCAGGAGUACCUGGGGAGGACAGAAAGGAGAGGGUUGCAAGGGCAAGGCAAUGAUCAGCUAUCUGACCCUCUGGCAACAAGCAACUGCAACACAGACAUGCAUCUUAAAGAAAUCACCAACUUGCCGCUGUGUUUCCAAAGGUUUCGCUGGCUGCUGAGCACAUGUAUGGAUGGCUGGAGGGCCUAUUAUCGACAACCUGUCUUCCUGGCUGGAUUGGGUCUGGCUUUCCUCUACACUACAGUCCUGGGCUUUGACUGCAUCACUACUGGCUAUGCUUACACUCAGGGCAUAAGCGGCUCCCUCCUAAGUCUGCUGAUGGGCGUGUCAGCUAUCACAGGGUUGAUGGGCACUGUAAUGUUCACCAGGCUCAGAAAGUCGGUUGGCUUGGUUAACACAGGAAUCAUCUCAAGCUGCCUCCACCUGGGUUGCUUGUUGCUGUGUGUAUGCUCUGUGUUUGCUCCUGGCAGCCCUAUAGAUCUCAGUCUGCUGAUGCCCUACUUUAGCUCCGGUUCCUCUGCUGAGCCUGGAGGAAUGGCAAGCAAAAGGCAAAAACACACUUAUCCUCUUUCGGGAGGGAGCAAUCAACCACUGCUUCCAGAUCGCUCCUCCAUACACUGGACCAACAACACCGUCCUUUUUGACAACGUCCCCUCUGGAACGGCACCGGACUCUUAUAUAUCCAUUAUUCUGCUAUUCCUGGGUGUUAUCACUGCACGCAUUGGUUUGUGGUGCUUCGACCUCACUGUGACCCAGCUUCUGCAGGAGACCAUCUGUGAGUCAGAGCGAGGAGUGGUAAAUGGGGUGCAGAGCUCCAUGAAUUAUCUAAUGGACCUGCUCCAUUUCAUCAUGAGCCAAGAGAAAACACCGCCUCGAAACAUAAGAAGGAGACACAGCUUAGAUAUAAGCACUGGAUCCACUCUGCACCUGGGAAAUGAAUGCCUCCCCCCUGAUCUGUGA